CUUCCGGUCACCAGGCAACUCAGGGGCAUCCCAGCAGCUGCAGCUGGGAAGUUGGCCUAGUAACGCGCCCAUUGCAUUGUGGGGCGUGUAGUCCGGAGGUGAACGAUUUCCUGUGUGCUGUAGUUAAGUGUAAAAGACAGGCUAUGUACAGAGAAUGACACCGGGCACAGAGAUAAACAGACACUAGUAUUAUGCACACAGGCUGAGCACACAGACAGUAUUAUACAAACUCCUCUAUAGAUGAAUUGCCACAUACAGCCAGGGAGUACAGGUACACAGGCUACACACAGGGCAGGGGUGCAGGCUGGACAUGGAGGAAGUGGAUCGGAUCCUAAUUCACAGUUUGCGGACCUGUGGCACGUAAGUACAUACAUACAUAGUACUAUCUGUGUGACCCCCCUCCCUCCUUCCAGGGGUACAUGGUCAUGUGACUUCCCCCCUGAAUUCCAUCAUGUGUUAUCACAUCCAGUGACAUGCCCUGUGUAUUUUAUAUUAUAUCCCAUCCAGUGACAUGCUCUGUGAAUGUUAUAUUAUAUCCCAUCCAGUGACAUGCCCUGUGAAUGUUAUAUUAUAUCCCAUCCAGUGACAUGCCCUGUGUAUUUUAUAUUAUAUCCCAUCCAGUGACAUGCCCUGUGAAUUUUAUAUUAUAUCCCAUCCAGUGACAUGCCCUGUGUAUUUUAUAUUAUAUCCCAUCCAGUGACAUGCCCUGUGUAUUUUAUAUUAUAUCCCAUCCAGUGACAUGCCCUGUGUAUUUUAUAUUAUAUCCCAUCCAGUGACAUGCCCUGUGUAUUUUAUAUUAUAUCCCAUCCAGUGACAUGCUCUGUGAAUGUUAUAUUAUAUCCCAUCCAGUGACAUGCUCUGUGAAUGUUAUAUUAUAUCCCAUCCAGUGACAUGCCCUGUGUAUUUUACAUUAUAUCCCAUCCAGUGACAUGCCCUGUGUAUUUUAUAUUAUAUCCCAUCCAGUGACAUGCUCUGUGAAUGUUAUAUUAUAUCCCAUCCAGUGACAUGCCCUGUGUAUUUUACAUUAUAUCCCAUCCAGUGACAUGCCCUGUGAAUUUUAUAUUAUAUCCCAUCCAGUGACAUGCCCUGUGUAUUUUACAUUAUAUCACAUCCAGUGACAUGCCCUGUGAAUUUUAUAUUAUAUCACAUCCAGUGACAUGCCCUGUGUAUUUUACAUUAUAUCACAUCCAGUGACAUGCCCUGUGUAUUUUACAUUAUAUCACAUCCAGUGACAUGUCUGUAUUUUAGAAUAUAUCCCAUCCAGUGACAUGUCUGUAUUUUAGAAUAAAUCCCAUCCAGUGACAUGUCUGUAUUUUAGAAUAUAUCCCAUCCAGUGACAUGUCUGUAUUUUAGAAUAUAUAACAUCCAGUGACAUGCCCUGUGGAUUUUAUAUUUUAUCUCAUCCAGUGACAUGCCCUGUGAAUUUUAUUUUAUCUCAUCCAGUGACAUGCCCUGUGAAUUUUAUAUUUUAUCUCAUCCAGUGACAUGCCCUAUGUAUUUUAUAUUGUAUCACAUCCAGUGACAUGUCUGUAUUUUAGAAUAUAUUACAUCCAGUGACAUGCCCUGUGAAUUUUAUAUUUUAUCACAUCCAGUGACAUGUGUCUGCAUUCCAUGAUGUAUGACAUCCAGUGACAUGUCUGUAUUUUAGAAUAUGACAUUCAGUGACAUGCCCUGUGUGUUUUAGAUUUUAUCACAUCCAGUGACGCCUUGUGCAUUGUAUAAUUUAUCACGUCUAGUGACAUGUCUCUGCAUCCCAUGAUAUAUGAUAUCCAGUGACAUGCCCUGUGUAUUUUAUAAUAUAUGAUAUACAGUGACAUGCCCUGUGUAUUUUAUAAUAUAUGAUAUACAGUGACAUGCCCUGUGUAUUUUAUAAUAUAUAACAUCCAGUGACAUGCCCUGUGUAUUUUAUAAUAUAUCACAUCCAGUGACAUGCCCUGUGCAUUUUAUAAUAUAUCACAUCCAGUGACAUGCCCUGUGUAUUUUAUAAUAUAUCAAAUCCAGUGACAUGCCCUGUGUAUUUUAUAAUAUCACAUCCAGUGACAUGUCUCUGUGUAUUUUAUAAUAUAUGACAUCCAGUGACAUGUCUCUGCAUUCCAUGAUGUAUCCCAUCCAUUGACAUGCCCUGUGUAUUUUAUAUUAUAGCACAUCCAGUGACAUGACCUGUGCAUUGUAGAAGGUAUGACAUCCAGUGAUAUGUCUCUGUAUUUUAUAAUGACAUCCAGUGAUAUGUCUCUGCGUUUUAUAAUAUAACAUCCAGUGACAUGUCUCUGCAUUCCAUGAUGUAUCCCAUCCAGUGCUAUGCCCUGUACAUUCCAUGAUGUAUCCCGUCCAGUGACAUGCCUCUCUCCAUUCCACAGUGUAAGAGAUCACAUGACAUUUCACAUGUCUCCUCCUUUCAACAUGUCUUUUCUAACAUGAUUCUCCUUACACCAGUUCAAUUAACUCUUUCUUCUCUCCUUCACAAAUCAUGUCAUAUGACAUUUUUCUAUGUUAUUUUUAGUUCCAUAUUAUCCUUUUAUCGGCCAUGCAAUGAGUUUCCUGCCCAAUGUAAAAUAUUGACUUUUGAUCUACAUUGUUUUCCAUAUUUUGCAUCUAUUUAUUUACCAGAAAACUAUUGAUGCACCACCUGCAAACAUUUAUCAGAUCACUAUGCUACACACCUUCAUUUACCAGACUGGUUUAAAUACUUGACGCUGCACCCAUUUGCGCCUCAUGGGAUCAUGCUUAAUCUUGCACAUUUUUAUUUACCACCAAGUAAUUGAACAUGCUUCCCCUAUGCACCCCUUCAUGUUCUACCAGAUCGCAGAACAUGCGUAAAGGGAUAUUCCAUUGCCCAAUGCUAGAAAAUAGAAAAUAAACUAAAAAUCACUGUUUAGUAGAUAUACCCCCAAUGAAAACAUGCAUGCUAUUAUUUUUUAUUUUCAUUGGGGGUAUAGCUAGAACAGCUUGGAAAAAUCACAGAUCUCUUGUCUGCAGCCUUUGUAAGUAAUCCCCUUCUAACCCGCUCAGACUUUCUGUGGCUGUCCAAUCACAGACUUCCCAAUGCAGCUCAACGAGAAGUCUUUACAAGGCAGGUACUCUGGGCAAUUGCUGCCUCUUGAGCUUAGUUUCACUAAAUUAAUCAAACCAGGAAGUAGCAGGACCAGUUGUCGGAUUGACAGCCAGGGUGGUGUAACAAGGUUAAUUUAUGAAAGUGCCAAUUGGUAUUAAAAUCUGUACAUUUUGUAAACUGAAAAAAAGGACACAUUCUUUGCACAUAAAGAAUUUAAAUAAGUUAAAGUGCUUUCGAUGUCCAGAAUGUCCCUUUAACCCCGCUCCACUUCACAUACCUUCAGAUCCAUGAACAUAAUUCACCCUGCACCCCUUCAUUUGAACCCCUUUAUUUACAAGUGAAAACUGAUUUUAUCCUGCACCCCUUUAUUUAUACCUAAUGGGACAUUCCUAGUGCAUUCUUGUUGACUUGUCUUGUGAUAUGCCUACUUCUACUAAUGAUCAGGUUUCACAAUCCCACUCACUCAGCCAUUCUACAACAUGUGAUAUGUACUUCCUCUUAUUUUCUAUGCUCCUUGUAACAUAGUAGAUGUGAACUCUACCUCAUUUAUAUUGUUGAUUUUGGUUCCACUUCCUCUCUGGAAUGUGACAAACAUUAAUAACUAAAUACAAGAUUGGCAACAUCUGUAUUACAUUUGAAUGUCCAAGACCUGUUGAAAAAGAAUUAUUUGUUAGUUUAAAAUGUUACCUCGUUCCUAUAUUUGUAAAGACAGAUUAGUUCCUGGCUAUAGCCAUGUGGCCCUAGGGGGAAAAUGUGAUAAUACCUUUGUUACUCAUUCUAUUUGAAACGAAAACACCAUAGUUAAAAUCCCUGCAAGCCCUCUUAACUGACACGGUGGCUACUAUUCUGCACUGCUUUAGGUACGAACAGCUGAAGAGGUUUAUACCCACUGUACCACAGAAUUGCAUAGGGAACACACACCUUUUGAACUCCUCUGUUACAACCCCAAUCCACUACCACUCGGUGUCUGCUACAUGUACUGUAUCCUCCAUUUGAAACAACACUCGCCUCAUUCACCUCAACUAAUUCGUGAGCAAAUGGGAAACCACAAUAGGUGAAACUCUCACCUCUGCUCAGAGAUAUAAGGUCUGCGUUUUAGUGCAUCUCUGUGCCCUAAGCUAUGAAUGACCAGGGAACCGUCUGUCUGACGUCUAUCAUACGUAAAAGGGAGCCUUAGUGACCCAUGUUGAAAGGCCUGAAAACUGACAUACCCUAGCCAGUAAGUCCAAGGAAACGGCCUAGGAGGUACUUACAAUUUGGUACAGAACUCCACAACUACUGAAGGCAAUUUACACAGACCUUGAUGGCCUAUGUUGGUGGUGCCACUCUGCCAAUGGCACCUUUCUACAUAUUUGGUGGGAAUUCCCACUUAUUGUACCAUACUGGAGGAAAAUACACACUAUAUUACAGAAAUUUCCCCCACCCUUCAUUCCAGCUCCUUUUUUCCUGCAGCACACGGUUACUCCAACCUCAUGAUAUAAAAAGAAUCUCUCACCAUGCAAAUCUUAAACGUUGCCAAAGAAGUGGUUUUGCUGUUCUUGAAACAAGACUUAUCUCCUCCCCCACCUAGGGUUUACCAAGACGAAUAAGCUAAGGCUGCUGGUGGAGUUGAUCCUUUUUGCCCAGAGUAAGGCACAGGUCUACCAGGGUACCUGGGCCCAAUGGCUGACUACAGCCUUCUUGCCUGACAUUUCCCAACUACUCACUUACCUAUGAAGCUUUGGCUCAUUGUGGCAUUGUUAGGCCAGCAGUCAUCAUUGUUCUCCCAUGGCCCUGGGUUACCAGUUUCUUUCACCCUUUUAGUCUCAUUUGCCUCUCACGAAGUACUCUGUUACGUAGUGCUUGUAUUGUUCACACCUUAUUUUAAGUUACACAUUUGUAAACAUCAUCGGCUACCAAAGACGACAGUCGCCCAAAUGUACAGUGAUCACAUUGAUUGCUAUGUACAAUAUUUUUUGUCCAUUUGAGAACCUUUAACAUUUGUGCUUACGUUUAUUUGAAAACUCAACAAAAAAAUAAAGGGACACUCCAGGCUUUAUUUACUCCCCAUAUCUCACGUCUUAGAAUUGUAAUAUGUUUACAUACCCCAUUUAUGUGUGUAUGAGCUCUGAAAAAUGCAAAUACAUGUGGAAAUCGACACUGCUCUGUCCUGGAACUGAUACCUCCAUGUUGGCUCCCUGCUGCCAUUGAUGCUUUUCUGUCUUAAGAGAACAUGUAGCAUCACAAGUGUAAAAAGAAUAGCACAAGUUAUAGGUCAUUUACAUUGCUUAAUUCAAUGGUGCAAUUUCCAGAGAAGAAAAAAAAGUGAUCUUAAAAAAAUUUAAAUAAAAAAAAAAAAUAGCAUGCAUUUGAAAGAAAAUACUUAGUUUCUCAAACUGACAGUGGGACUGGAAAACACAUGCUGUAUUGUAUUCCUUGGGUUGACAUGUUUCUGAACCAUCUGUUAUAUAAAAUAACAUAAGUCACUGACCGUUUCCAUUUAUUUAUUUUUGCCUGUCCUCCCUGCAUUAUUACUCAGUAACUGGUGUAGUGCUAAAUUUGGGUCUAGCCCAAUAUCUGUGAAGGGCAAUGAAAUUCAUUUAAUUGGUUAAUACUGUCUACCUUUAAGAGCUGUUAAUUCAGUGUAUUUAUGAAUGAAUGUUGUUUAAACAUAGGAUACCCAGACAAUGUUGAAGUUAUUUUAUUCUAUUAUUAUAAUUUUAUUUAAAAACAUUUUUAAGAAGCCAAGAUCUUGUUAAAAAAAGAGGGGUCAUUUAAAGGGACACUAUAGUCACCAGAACAACUACAGCUUAUUGUAUUUGAUCUGGUUAGUGUAGUUUUUCUUUCUGGCUUUUUGCAGAAAAGUAUUUUCUGAGAAAAUGCUGUGUUUACAUUACAGCCUAGGCAUACCUCCAGUGGCCAUUCUUCAUAUGGCUGAUAGAUGUGCUUCCUGUGGCAGUGCUGCGCAGUGUGACUGGCAUUAAGUGUCUCCACCCUCUGCAUGGAGACACUGUACUUUCCUCAUAGAGCUGCAUUGAUUUAAUGCUGAUUGGCCAGGGCUGUGUUUGACUUGUGCUGGCUCUGCCCCUAAUCUGCCUCCUUGAUGUGAAAGCAUUGUGAUUGGCUCAGAACACCACUUCUGAUUAUGUCAGUCAAGCAGGCAGAUCAGUGGUGGCAGAGCCAGCAGCUGCAGACUGCAAUAAAGGUAAGAUUUUGCGGUAUAUAGGGGGCUAGGUGGUGGUUUUAACACUAUAGGUUCAGGAAUACAUGUUUAAAUUCUUAAAACUGUAAGCAACAUAAUUGUAUGAACUGCCUAUUGCAAUAUUGUUAUUUGCAUUCAGAGAAUGUGUAGAAAAAUGUACAGUUCUCACUAUGACUACUACAAAAAGUCAGUGAUGCUUAUUUUUUUGCACACAGUGAUGUUCCAGAAGACGUACAGAGUGUGCGUCAGUUUAACACAGAGCUUAUUGUGGAGGCCGUGGUGAGAUGUCUCCGUGUAAUAAACCCCUCCAUAGGGGCAAGUCUCAGCCAUACACUACCCCCGGGUAUGUCGGCACGGUUCAGAAUAGGCACCAGUCUUGCACAGGCUUGCCAGGUGAGUGGGAUACGUUAUAUUUAUUACAGGGGAUCUGAUACUAUACUGAUAGGCAAACUGCUACACUGUCACAGGACAUGGCUGUUUUAUAUACAUCUUGAUGUAAAUGUGCACAUUGAUAAGAUGCUUGUGUUGGAGGAUGGCGAGGUACAUGCCACAGUGGGCAUUGUAGUGGGAUGUCUCUCAAUGUAUAAUUUACUUGGGAAUGCCCAGGAGUUGGGAUGUCUGGUAAUAUAUGAAAUAGCUGGGAAUACCCAGGCGUUGGGAUGUCUGGCAGUAUAUGAAAUAGCUGGGAAUACACAGGGGUUGGGAUGUCUGGCAGUAUAUGAAAUAGCUGGGAAUACACAGGGGUUGGGAUGUCUGGCAGUAUCUGAAAUAGCUGGGAAUACACAGGGGUUGGGAUGUCUGGCAGUAUCUGAAAUAGCUGGGAAUGCCAAGGGGUUGGGAUGUCUGGUAAUAUAUUACAUAGCCAGGAAUACCUAGGGGUUGGGAUGUCUGGCAAUAAAUUACAUAGCUGGGAAUGCCAAGGCCUUGGGAUGUCUGCCAAUAUAUUUCAUAGAUGGAAAUAUCCAGGCGUUGGGAUGUCUUGAUAUAUUACAUGGCUGGUAAUACCCAGGCGUUGGGAUGUCACGAUAUAUUACAUGGCUGGUAAUACCCAGGCGUUGGGAUGUCUCGAUAUAUUACAUGGCUGGUAAUACCCAGGCGUUGGGAUGUCUCAAAAUAUAUGACAUAACUUAAGUGGACACUGUAACACAAUGGAGACAAUAACCAUUUUAUUUCAUGAAUGGUUAUAUUGACUGGAGUUCCCUGGCACUGUCCCUCCAUUCAAUGUUAAACCAUUUUUGAACAGUUGAACACUAAAUAAAGGUCCUUGGUCAAUUAUAGCACAGCCCUGACUAGAGGUAUGGCUAAGGCAUUGAUUACACAUUUACUUUUAGCCAUACCGAUUCAUACCAGCAAUGGGCGUUGUAAUAGGCUGAAAUCAGCCAGCUGACACUCUCAGCCAAUCACAUCUACCCACAACUGCAAAACACAGAGGAAUGACUGCUUUAGUUUGUUUAGUGUUAAAAAAAUAAAACUGUUUAACUCUGAAUGAAAUGACUGUACCAUGGGACUACAGACACUAUAACCACUUCAACGAGAUGACAGUUAUAGUGUCCUUUUAGCAAAAUGCACGAAAUUUCCUAUCAUGUGCUGUGAUUUUUAAAUCUAUUAUUCUCUUAGGAUCUGGGAUAUUCAGGUGAAAUCGGUUACCAGACAUUCCUUUACAGCAGCGAGCCUGAUAUCCGAGCACUUCUUAUUUUUCUUGCUGAGAAACUCCCGAGAGACUCCCAGGAGGACUCUCAUCAGCCAGCAGGUACACUGUAAGAGGGAGUAGAAUAAGUAAUUGUUGCUUAAUCUCCGAGUUUUUGAGACCUGAGUUUGAACCCUCAUAGUGCUCAGACAGACGUGAGUUCCUCCCCCAAACUAUUCACAUAUCUAGUCUGUUAAAAAUGUUGCAUUACUAUUAGAUUUGUACACUGUCAGUUAUGUACUUUAUGUAUGUAUGUAGUGGAUUGUUCAUAUAAUUAAAGUUGAACUUUCACCUUUGUAAUGCUCUUUUUCAAGUAGCAUAACAAUCUACUUAUUACAUUUUAAUAAAUAUCUUUUUAUACAUAUCUGUUUAUACUUUACAAAAUUACAUUUUGACAUAUUUGACUUCUAUAAAAGACAUAGAAAAAGCAUAUUGGGCAAAUUAACAUAUUCCUUCCCCCGUUAUCCUUGGGUAUAAUGAUUGUUAGUCCGUGUAUAUUUUUUCAUUGUUUGUUAACUUCAUUGUAUGUUGUCCUUCAUUUCUCAAAGUGUUCGGAAGCUUUAAAUAUGAGUCUCGCAAAUUCAGAAAAAUUAGCAAAGCAUACACCCUGACAUCAUUUCAUUGUGCCAAAAGAUAGUUGGAAAAUCCUACUUAAUUUACAUGAAAUGCCUUCUCUAUGCCAUUGAGGUGGGAAACCAGUCACAUGUUAAAAAGCAAACAUACUUCCAAACUUUUCUCAUGAGCAUGAAAUUUCCUCAUUAAAAAUAAAGUAUCACUUUUUUAAAUGUUAUUUAAGUUUCUGUGCCCCAAAUACUGUUGUUUAAUCCUUUUAUCACAGCUGCAUUAUCCUGUCAUAACUCCCUUAAUAUAUUGCUGUUCGAUGAACCUUUUAGAGUACAGAUACAAUUUAUCACUUUCAAAGUUAACAAUAAUUUAUUUUCUCUUGUCUCUUGCAGGUAAAUCGGCCGUCCUUCAAAGAGACAUCGCAGCCAAAAUAAAACAGCAACUUUCUCAACCCUGGGUGCCUCCAUCAUGUAGAACCCUCUCCGUACAAAGAUCUCAGGUAUGUGCACACAAUGACCAGAAGAUGGCAGUAGAACAGCAUGAAACAAUUCAAUACAAUAAAUACUCCUGCCAAGCAGCCUAUAGAUCUGUCUGGAGAGAACGGCAGGGUUAUUCAGUAAGGUCUGACUGUAACCUAGCCAACAUUGCAUUGCAGGUGGCCCAUUUCAUGUUUAGCCAAACAGAAGCUAUCAUGAGCUAAAAUGAUUGACAGCAAGCUACAAUAAGUAUAUUUAAACUUUUCAGCCACACCAGGAUCAGUGCAUCACAGGCAACAAAUAAUUAAACUAAGAAAAAAAAUUAAAUACAUUGACACAAUAUGGCAGAGUGAAGGCUAUAAGAGUGGUGCCUGCUGGUGUCUUGUAUGGUCAGUGGCCAAAUAUUAUGAUUUUUAUGGAUUACAACUGCAAACAAGUGGUUUUGAAAAGUGUUUAUUUUGCAACUCUGCCACUUACUGGAAAAUAUUAAAAGGAAUACAGUAUUUUUUUUCAGCAUUUGAUAAAUGUUAAUUUUCCUACCCUUUUACAUAAGAUUCUGAUCAUUUACCUAACGCUUGGUUAUUCUUACACAGUUACUUAGCUGAAAAGAAACUUGCGUCCAUCAAGUUCAGCCUUCCUCACGUAUGUUUUUGCUGUUGAUCCAAAAGAAGGCAAAAAAAAACCUAGUCUGUAGCGCUUCCAAUUUUGCAACAAACUAGGAAAAAAUUCCUUCUUGACCCCUUGAAUCAGAUGUGAACAUUCCGUCACACUGCAGUGAAUAACUUCAUAAAUUACUGACAAUUCUCUGAAGUGUUCUGGGAACACAUGAGUUCAAAGCAUUGUUUUUAGAUCUCCCCAAUGUUUUUUUUCCAUUGCAGAGCUUGUACCGGUUGCAUCGGUUUCAGUCUCAGGCUCUUUCUAUGGCUGGGGAUCCUUCAACGAAAUCUGUCUCAAAUGGUAAGAAAUACGGAGAUCUGGGAGCUGUAAGUACAGUCAAUACGGAAAAGUCCUACAGGAUGUUAAAUCCUUAUAGAGCUCUCUCUUUCCCCCUGUACAGAAAGAAAGGAGUAUUGGGUGAAAUACCUUCCCUUGAUCAACGUCCAACUGCCUAACGUCCCCUCUCUGGCUGCUUCCCUCCUGGAGAGGAACACAUCGGAGCUCAGUGCGGUGCAGGAAUGGGAGGCCGAAUGGAAGAGUCAGGGUUUGGCCUCUCGUUUAUCCGCAGAGGUAAGAUUCCAUAAUUGCCUUAUAAAUAGGAGAUAUGGUCUUACACACAUUCCCAGAAGAGAAAAGACCCUGGUUGAUUAUUAUUCAUAAAAAUGUAGCAUGAUAAAGUGUUAGCGGGCUGGGAUAUGGGUAGACAUUGGAAAGUGGAUACUAUUUAUAAAAUCACAAAAACACAUUGGAUUUUAUGAAAACUGUUUGAAAACCACAUAACACAAUAUAAAGUUUACUUUAAACAUGAAUAUGCCAUCUGUGUAUGACAGGUCCAUGGUAAAGGAGACAUCUCAUUAAACAUGUUUUUGUUCUGCUUUGUAAAUAAAAUACAGUAUGAUCUACAUUAUAUUUGUUUAAAAUUGUUGAUUAGUGUGUGUUGAUUUUUUGUUGAUGUGAAGCUUACCAUUGUGGGUCAAAGUAGAUCUGUCACUUUUGGGCUCUUUUCAUAUUUUCCUCAACAUGCUAACUUGGUGGGCGGUAGCCUGGGGUGAAGCAAGCAUGAGAUAUUCUUAUGCAGGUAGAAUCAAUUCUCAUGUAAAGAAAUAUACAGAGAAGUCGAGGGGAAAAAAGACCUAGCAUACAGAGCUCUUAAACUGGAUAGAAAUAGGGAUACACCAAAAACCUAUUAGAACAAUGUUUAAAAAUGUAUUCCACUAAAUAAGCAGCAAUGGGAAUCCAGGAGCUAAUAAAUAAGCAUCAAAUAGAAAUAUAAUACACAAGUGCUAAAAAUGUAUAAAAAUGUAGAGAUAUGUGUGGCAAGGUUAUCAACCCAGGAUGCCAAAAUCUCUGGGUAAAGAUAAUCAAUGCCUAAUAUUAUACUUUCAUACACAGUGUAGGCUUGAAAGAUAGACUAGCAUAAUCCCCUCAGAAUAUACAGACUGCCAUCAUGCACAAUAUAGUAUAUGAUAUGUAAUAAUAAGCAGAUGCCAGUAUAUGAAACUGGCUGCUAAAAAGCAAUGUAAAAAGAGAACUAUAUCGCCAGAGAGUAGCUUAAAAUAACAAAGUCAAUUUUAUUGAAAAUAUAAAAAUAUACUAAAAACAUAUGUUCACAUUUGAAGCAAUAGGUGAUAAAAGGUGGAUAUUGCACAAAGACCUUAGAUGCCGGCACGGAUGGAUCUGGAUGAUAAUUCCUGAUACAGUAUCUGAAUGCUGGUAGCCGGUAAGGCCGGUUUGCGUGUCACAGUGCGUUCCACCUCGAGCCUCACUUCGGGGGGAAUUACACUGCUCGUCAGAUCGUGCUGUUGAGAAGGCUAAACUUCAAGCUGAUCGCCGGACUGUUGUGCUCGCACCUCUUCCCUCUAUCGCUGUGUGAACUUUCUUGAAGAAACAUAUUCUUAGCUGAAGCUCACUUUGCAGGCCCUGCCAUCUGUCUGGUGGGCUUGGUCUUCAUCUUCUGUUGGUUCAUCCUCUAGGAAUCCGUGAUAAUGUUGUAUUCUUGCACAUGCACAAGAAUAAGACCUUCCAUAUAAUUGCUCGCAAAAUGAGUGAAAGUGUGUUUUUCCCAAAGCUAGCUACUUCUGAUGAGAAUUGACAAAAGUUGAUGGAAGUUUAACUUUUUGCCAACCUCUGCUUGGCCCUUUGUAUUAUAUUUAUUGAUUGUUUUGAGGUUUCACUAAAAUAUGAGUGUACCAAAAAGGACACAUCUUUGCUAAAUUCUCAAAACUGACAGAGCUACUUUAACUUCUGAUCCUUCAGUUGUUAGUGCUCCAGUGCUGUAUAUUUCAUACUUGUUAAAACAUCAGGGCACAUAUUGGAUUCCCAGCAGCGUCAGAUGUGCCUUCUACAGUACAUAUUUCCAAAGUCUAUAAAAUGAGUUCCAUUGAGUUUGAUGAGAAUGUUAUCAAGACACCAGGACACACUGGUAAACCAGUGCUAAAUAUCCUGAUUUUAGAUAAUUUACUUCCAUUACUGUAUCUCGAUAUCUUACUGGAUGGAAAUGUGUUUUAUAGUGGAUAAUAAUUUGUGGUCGCAGCCACAAGUUUGCAUAAUAACUGAGAAUUCUAAAAAGGUAUCCUGAAGUUUGAAAAUGGCCUUAAAGGGACAUACCUAGAAAUGUUAUGAUAAGAAAGUGUUUAGAGAAAAUGCUAGAUUCUACAGAAAAGAAUCUUUAAGGUGAUGUAAAUGUAUGGAUGUAGGGGAGGAGUGAGAGACCAGUAUGAAUAGGACACUAAUCCAGGUGAACGAUGGUGGCCUCUUACUAGUCAAACUUUAAUAAGACCAUCAGUCUUUUCCUGUCUAAAUAAUAUGUGUUGCUCCUGCAGGACUACCGCAGCAGAAAACGCCAGCGUCUACAAAAACGAAUACAGGACCAACUUCGCCAAUCCAGCCAACUCCUUGCAGAGAAUCAGACUCCGUCCUCAUCCUCGCAGGACCUCCUGGAAAUGCUGAAAGCUUUUAACGUGGAAACGGGGGCUGAUCACAACAAAGGGUCCAGAUUCACUCAUGCCCAGAAAUUCACUCAUCAGCAGGUAACCUGUUCUAUUCCAAAUUAAAUGUAAAUAACAAUUAGGGGGAACCUGCCCUUUUUAAAACAAUUUUUUUUUUAAUACUUAGAUUUAAAUGUAGUGUAUCACAGUACUACCAGUUUAAUGGGUUUUACAUUUUAGUGUCCCUUAAGGACACGACAUGUGUGACAUGUCAUGAUUCACUUUUAUUCCAGACGUUUGGUCCUUAAGGGGUUAAAGGGAUCCAUCAAGCAGUGACACACAUCAGGUGAAAUAUGUUGUUUGGGUUAUAGGUUAUUAUACUGGGUGUUAUUUGUUCUGUUUUGUUUGGUCGUUUUGUUUGUUUAAGUGAAAAAAACACAUUUAUUGGUAUGGUAGGCUACUCAGCCUCAAUUCAAAGCUGGCACCGAUUAUGUGGAAGCUACGGAGCUCAAGGCUCAACCAGGCUAUCUUCCUAAUGAUAGCUGCUGUACUCAGCAAAGUUCAGUCUCUACAGUAUGGAGACUGAUCAUUGCUGGCUCACUGCUGGUUUGUUUUUAGUGUCCGACCUUCCUUCUCUUGUACAGGUUUAACCAGUGCUUUUAGUGCUGUUAGAAUUUCUUUCAUGUCUUUGAUAUGUCAGGCUCUGUUGGGUAUGAGACCUUACUUAGAGGUGCUUAGCAUUUGGCGUGAUUUGCCUGUUUUGCUGUUUUCUAACAAAUAUGUUGUGUUCUUUGUAUUUGUGUGUGUGUGUGUGUGUGUGUAUUUUUUAUAUAUUUUCAGAAUGAAUGUCAUAAAGAUUUAUUUGUAUAAAAUCUUUGUUUCUAUAUAGAUUGCAGACAUUAAUAAGAAAUCGACACAUUUGCUUGAUAUGCAUUGACCUAAAAAAUAAAUCUAAUUCAAUUUUCAGAAAUAUACACCACCUUUCUGUAUCCUAUUGUGUUAAUAUUAUUAGAGAUAUAAUUUCCAUAUUCAAAUCUCUGCUGUAGAUAUUCUCACCGUCCGUUUCAUGAGAGAGUCUAAAUCUUUGUUAAUCAGAUCUCUCUUUGUCUUUUAUCAGGACCCUCAAAGGCUGAGGGAGCAGAUGCAGAGGGCUUCAGAAAUUCUUCCUAAGAAAGACACACAGGUAAAGCAAUCAGUAUAAGGCAGGGAUAGGGAUUCUAUGGCAUGGGUAUCACCCUCUGAGUUCACAUUGUGUCUACAUACAUGGUGAUCGCCAUCAAUCAUGAAGUUCUAAUCAAAUGCUGCACUUGAUGCCCCAUGAUGUUAUUUUUAGGUAACUUGACAUGUUGUAGCGCUGAUGUUGAGUGAGGUGAGGGGAGAUGACAAACACAACUUGGAGAAACAGGUGACUCAAAGAGCAAAGUGAUCAUUGGAUAUAUAUAAGGGGAUUUUGCCUUAGGAAAGGGUGAAUCAAAUUGAAAGUGGGCACUUGCAAAGCUUUAGCUAGAGUUCUGCAAAAUAUUGGGCACUUUGACUCAAAAUUGCCACCAUAUAGUGCUGGAGCUCGGGGAGAUAUGGGGGAUGUGUUUUGCCUUAUGGGGCAUUGUCCAAAUGAGAACCUGCUGCAGUAUUUAUAAUUCUGAUUUAUUGUACGACUCUUACUGCAGACUCUGUGUUCUGGUGGGCCAGUAAAAUAGUGUACUGUUCUACUCCUUUGUCAAAUCUCAAGUCUUUUCCCCUUACUUAAUGGCGUUACGAACAGCUAAGCUUUGGUGAUGUAAACCUAUGACUUUGAAUAGAAAAUAAUCACACCCAGAUUACUGACUGCACUCUGUUAUCAAGCCAUUGAUUGAAUGUUAAAAAGUUAUUUUAGUGCAAUAUGAUCUGCUAUUAAUUGUGGUCACAUAUUUAUUUCUGACAUGGUAAAGGAGCACUAACUAACUUGUAUUUAUGGGUACAAUUCUAGCCAUAAAGCAUAUUCUUCUCAUCAAAAACUGACAUCUGUUUGUUUGGAGACUUUAUUUAUGUUUUUUUUUUUUUUUUGCCAUUUCUUUCAUGUCUAAGGAUGUGGACACAGAACAGCAGGAGUUAACAACUUUACAGCAACAAAUAGAUGUCAUCGAGAGGGAGAUCCAGGAACUCAGUGAGAGUACCAAACUUCUCCAGCUGACCCUGACUCAGGUAGGUUACAGCUGGACAGAAAACAUUGGGGGAGAUGUUGUGAGACUGUGUUAAUGUCCCAUACUGUACUCUCUCAUUCAGGCGAGUAGGGAGGUGAGUGAGACCCGCCAGCAAUGCGAGGAGAAAGAGAAUGUCAUUAGACUGAAGAAAAGAGCAGUGGAAUUGCUACCUGACGCUGAUAACAACCUUGCCAAGUUACAGGUAUUCUUAUACAGAGCUCUGAAUAGAGCAGCCUUCAUAACUGAUACAUCAGUGUGCACACAGGGCCCCUGAGUCACCAAGCAAUCAAUGUGCACACAGGGCCUCUGAGUCACUAAUCCAUCAGUGUGGACACAGGGCCCCUGAGUCAACAAACCAUCAGUGUGCACACAGGGCCCCUGAGUCACCAAGCCAUCAGUGUGCACAGGGCCCCUGAGGUGUGCACACAGGGCUGAGUCACCAAGCCAUCAGUGUGCACACAGGGCCCCUGAGUCACCAAGCCAUCAGUGUGCACACAGGGCCUCUGAGUCACCAAGCCAUCAGUGUGCACACAGGGCCCCUGAGUCACCAAGCCAUCAGUGUGCACACAGGGCCCCUGAGUCACCAAGCCAUCAGUGUGCACACAGGGCCCCUGAGUCACCAAGCCAUCAGUGCGCACACAGGGCCCCUGAGUCACCAAGCCAUCAGUGCGCACACAGGGCCCCUGAGUCACCAAGCCAUCAGUGCGCACACAGGGCCCCUGAGUCACCAAGCCAUCAGUGCGCACACAGGGCCCCUGAGUCACCAAGCCAUCAGUGCGCACACAGGGAACCUGAGUAACCAAGCUAUCAGUGUGCACAUAGAGCCCCUGAGUCAGUAAUCCAUGAGAGUUCAGAGAGCCCUUGAUUCACUAAUACAUCAAUAUACAGAGAGCCCCUGAGACACUAAUCCUUCAUUGUACACACAGAGACUUUGAGAAAAUAACCAAACAGUGUAACACAACCGUGUAAGACUAAUCAGUGUGCGAAUCACUGUCUUCAGAGUACACACUCUUGAAUCAAUAAUCUACCAGUGUAUGCAGAGUCCUGUAUAAGUAAUAGGAUACAUCAUUAUACUCUGUGUAUUAGUGUGAACAGAAAACUGCCCUAAACCUGUUCACUCUAUCCACACACAAAGCUCUGAAAAUUAUCUUAUAUCCUCCUUUGUUGUUUGAUCUUGACAUCAGCCCAAAAGUAUAAUAAAAUCUUUAAAUUGAUCGUGUGUACAUACCCAUAAAUCUCAGCAGCAAGCUUAAAAUUACAUUUUAAAUGAGUUUGUCAUCUGUCCCCACCUUUCCUACAUUUUACUUGGCUGGCAACUGAUCCAGCCAAUCACAAUUCUCCUUUGAGGUCAAUGAAGGUCUAGUCACUUACAAGUGCAUAAACUGUUAUUGUACAAGUUUCUGUUGAGAGAAAUUCCAUAUUGGCAACUUUUUGUGAGAUGUAACCUGCUCUCUGACAUACGAAAUAUAUCUAUAGUCAACCUGAAUUAUAAGCAAAAUGUUCUUCUAAAUCUUCUACUUCUGUCUUUCACCUCUUUGGGUCAGAAACAAAUCAAUGCACAACAUCUGAUAUUUUGCUGCCCAGAGGCUCACUAGGAACCAUGCAAGGCAUUCUAAAGAUGUCCUUUAUUAUAAUCUUUACUGAAAUGUAAAUGUAAUCUUCCAGGCUCUGGUGGACGCUAGCGCUCUCCGCAUGGUGAACCUAGUAGGACAAUGGGAGACUCAUCGCGUUCGGCUGCUGGAUGAUUACCGAGAGCUGAGACGGGUUCACCUGGAGCGGGAGGUACAGCAUUUCACUCCCAUCCCCACCGACUCUGAAACAAACACAAAAUGUUUGUUUAUUUUACAAGAAAAGAAAAAAAUCCACAAAAAAAAAAGGAUUUUUUUAUUUUUAUUUAUAUCACAUUUUAACUUAUAAAAAGACAGAUCAGUCUUCAUUAUUGCCUUUUGUACCCUAUAACCAAAUGACUUUAUAAUUCUAGUUUAACUUUAGUUAUUUUACACUCUAUCAUGCCUGCAUGUGUUUACCUGUGAUCAUAAAAUACAUUCGUAUUAAUCAAUUACGUUCUCAAGACUCUGCUGGCAAAACCUUUCACUGAACAGGCUAGACUUGACAUAUUUGAUACUUGUUAUUAAUUAUUCCCUUUGUGUAUUUUUUUUUUUUUUUAUCGCUGUCAACUUUUUGUUCAUAUUAAAAUUAAAAUGCCACAAUCAAAAAAAUUAUAAAAAGAUCCCACAGGGACUACAGGUUCAUUUUGUAUGAUGUGUUAAAAUUAGAGGCCUUCAGCAAUACUUUACAAUAGUCAAUAAGGUGGAACAAUAAGAAUUCCAGAGAGCCUUCGGCUUUAAACUUUUUAUUUUAAAUUUUUUUUAUUUUAUAUUAAGUUCGGUUAAUUCUUUGUGCCUCAUAAUUAUCAAUGCAAAUUCACAACACAAAGCCACCCACUGAAUCUUUAGUUUCUUAAUACUGAAUGUAAACUAUAUUUCAUUGGUUUUUUUUAGUACAUUUUAAACCCUGCAGGACUUUGUACGUAUUGUUUCAACAUAUGCUGAACAAGUACCAUUGUCGUAUGUGAUUGCCUGUACUUAAAUAAAGAAUUUUCAAAAUAAAUAAAUGAAUGAAAGGCCUUUAAGUAUUGAGUUAAGCAAAUACUAUACAGCUUAUCCCACUGAUACUCAGAAGGUUAAUAAAAUGAUUACAGUAACUUUGUACAAAUAAAAUGAAUACUGAAAGAGACGUGAAGAUCCAAGGAAUUUAAAGGCUCUGGAAAUCUUCCGGUGGUUUAUAUAAUCUGACGUAUUCAUUGUAUUCAUUGUCCUCUGAUCUUGCAGGAUGAAUCAUCGCGCUGGAUGAAAGAAGCAAAAGAUUUGUACGACAAGAUCCGAGGAGCCGCAGAUGAGGCAAAGCGAAAGGAAGAACUUUACAAGCAGCUGGUGAGAUGGUCUUUUUGUGUUUUAGUUUGGACUUAUUCCUUGUAAAAAACAGUUGUGUCCCAGAAGGUACAACAUUUAGAAUGGGCUGAUAGUAGUGCCUAAUGUAGUCCUUUUAAGAAAGAAGAAAUGACAAAUGCUGGCUACCCACGAUCUGGGGGUUUGCUACAUUGAUCAAGAAAAACACAUAGUACGUUCUCUAAAUAAAUUUUGGGAAAUCCGUUCUCCGUGAUGUAUAACCCACCAGUCCAGCUUUGCUCUGGUGCUUUAUAUGACUGUUCAAUCCAAGGCUUGACCAGCUAUUUAUAGAUACAACUUGCUUCUCUGGUGUUCAUCUCCUUCCCCUCACCUCUCAUGGUGCCCUACUCCCCUUAAACGUUUGUGUCUCCUGCAGGUGUCAGAGUACGAGUCUCUCCCCAGAGAAGUUUCCCGAGCGGCGUACACCCAGCGCAUCUUGGAAAUUGUAAGCAACAUCAAGAAACAGAAGGAGGAGAUAACAAAGGUAUCCUAUAGGAGUUUUGGGGAGUUAGUACACUGCCUAUAGAAACUUGCUAUCAACUGCACAACAUGUCUUUGUUUUUACCAAAUAUUUUGUAUCUUCACAUUACACCUAUUAAUCGGCAAUGAAUGUUCUUCACUCAUUCUCUCCCAGAAUUUCAUCCCUGCAUCCCACAUUUCUUUGACAUACUCAUUCUGCUUCUUGAUAUGGAGAUCUUCAUUUUUCCAUCCAGAUUCUAUCAGACACUAAAGAUUUACAGAAGGAGAUCAACAAUCUGACAGGGAAGGUUGAUCGGACCUUUGUGGUGACAGACGAGCUGGUGUUUAAGGUAUGGUUCCUCUUCUUUUUUUUUCUUUUCUUUUUUUUUUGUGAAUUACCAUAAUCUGUGUUAUGAAAGUGUUUACCUGACUCCAUUUGUUUAUUUUAUGCUCAGGAUGCCAAAAAAGACGAGCCAGUCAGAAAGGCCUACAAGUAUUUGGCAGCUCUUCAUGAGGUAAGGAUGUCCACAUUGAGCAUACAUCCAUCACUUAGUGGCCCUAGGCUACAGGCUGGCAGGGACAAUGCAUUGCAAGACCAUUUUCAGAUGAUAUGUUCAUGAUUUUGUCACAGAUAAAAUAGUUUUAUUUUUUUUGUAGAUGUGUGUACUUUUACAUGGUGUAUUUUUUUUUUGUAUUUUUUUUUUUUUUGUAUUUCUAAACCUCCGAUUAGUUGUAUAUGACCAUAUUCUAUCCUAUCCCUGGCUUAUCUUUUUGCACGUUGCCCCCAACCCCAGAACUGCAGCCAGCUGAUCCAAACCAUAGAGGACACGGGGACCAUCCUAAGAGAGAUCCGUGAUCUGGAGGAGCAGGUAAUGUAUUCACAUAUAUACUAACCUAUAAUGCUCCUGGCUCUUAAGGGCUGUAAGCUGAGAAAGUAAAAAGUAUUAAGUAACACGGCGUGUAUAUUUACCAAGCUGUGAAUUAUGGAAAAUUGACAAGAGAAUUGCAAUUUGUAAAAUAUAAUGGCUUGGAUGGAAAAAUAGUAUAAUAUUUUGGCCUAUAAUAUGCUUGUCAUUUCUUCACGAUUCAUGGUUUAGUGAGUAAAUCCCAAGGUGUUAGAGUUCAGUAGCUUAACUGAAGGUUUAUUUACAUUCAGAAUUGUUAUAACAUAAUUGCUGUUAUUAUAACAGCUAUAUUGACCCACAUUUUGUAAUUCCCGUUGGAACAAAUCCCAAUUCUCCGCUUAGUGAAUAAACUUCCCACAUGUCGUAAAGCACUUUUAAAAAAUAUUAUUGUACAGUUUGGUAGGAAAGCCACAUUUCCCUUCAAACUAUCUGACUGUGUUAAUGUAAAGGGGAUUUAAAAAAAAAUAAAAAUUUAUCAUACCGAAUUGUUUAGUAUCCAAAAACUAAACAAUAUCGUUUGAAGUUCUUUCGCUUGUUGUGUUUCCUUCUUUUGCUGUCAGCUCUGUCUAGACCAGGAAGUAGCUCAGCCAAUCAGGAGGCUCCUAUUCUGUUUAACAGGUCCUAAACUAUCCCUUAAACUCCUGCCCUGCAGAGGUUUAUAGGAUAUGUAUUGAAGCACUUGGGAGCUGCUUCAAUUAUCAUGUAGAAUGUAUACAAUCCAUGUACUACAUUGCUACCAAAUUUACUGUCUGAUCCAUCUAUUAGACGCAGAUCAUAAACAAGCAGAUAAGAGGCUCCACGUUGAGUUAUAAAAACCUUCCUACUAUUCUAAAAAUUUUGGGUUUUGCUAUAAAAUACAUGCAGCUUCUGUAUAUGUGUGUAAAUAUGGGUAUUUGUAUUCUGGCUGGGUUAGACAAAGACAGAUUCCAUUAAAAGGAUUGUAUUAGGUAGAACCUCUAACGUGCACAAAUCUCUCACCUCUCCUUGCAGAUAGAAACGGAGGCCACCAAGAAGACGCUAAACAAUCUGCAGAAGAUCUUGGAAGAUUAUAAGGCCAUUAAACAGGAGAACACACUUUUAUUGGGCCGUGUCAAGGACAUUUAGAAGGAAGGCACGUCUCAAAGCCCUCUCCUGGAUCUAUUUACAGCCGGAUCACCCAGAGCUCUAUUCUUUUAUGUACUGGCUGCCUAUCUGGCAUAAUACAGUACUCUCUACAUUCAUUUGUAACAAGAAAGGAAAGGACUAUAAUUCCUCACUAAAUAAAACACAUCUAGGCACACACGGUUGUACUUGUCAUGUGUUUUUG